UCCAAAAUUGUGUUCAUGCUUUUAACAGAACAGAUCUCACGACACCUUUGUCUUUGCAGAUGUGAUUAUGAAAGAGACUGCACAGACGGUUCUGACGAACUAAAUUGCCCCAAACAAAACUGCAGCGCCACCCAAUUCGCCUGUGGAAACGGUCGUUGCAUCUCGGCCCGUUGGAAGUGCGACGGCGAGAACGACUGUCGCGACGGUUCGGAUGAAAAAGAUUGCGUCGGUCCUGAUCCCACCACUUGCAAAUCCGACGAGUUUCACUGUACCGGCGGCGGGGUUAGUUGCAUACCCACCACCUGGCGUUGCGAUUUAGAAAACGACUGUAAGGACGGCAGUGACGAGUUGAAUUGCAGUAACAACACCUGUGCCGAAUAUCAGUUUGCGUGCGGCGCGCCGACUUACCGGUGCAUUUAUGCGUCAUGGGUGUGCGAUGGCGAACAAGAUUGUCCCGACGGUAUAGACGAGAAAAACUGUACAACAAUUGAUAAACCACCGAUGGCCACUCCCAAUCCGUUUUUACCUACAAACGGCACUUCGUGUUUGGAUUGGAUGUUUAUGUGUUCUAACCGUAAAUGCAUACCGUACUGGUGGAAAUGUGAUUCAGCAGAUGAUUGUGGUGAUAACAGUGACGAAAUUGGAUGUCUAAAUGUAGCCAAAACGACUUUGGCACCAGUUCCUACUACACCACAUCCGAUUUAUCGCACGUGUUCUCACAAUGAGUAUCAGUGCACAUCAGGAGAGUGUAUUGAACUGUCAUGGGUCUGUGACGGUUCUCGUGAUUGUCCUCAAGGCGAAGAGGAAGAGAAUUGUGAUGGCAUACGUCAUUGUUCUGGAGAUGAGUUUAAAUGUCGCAUGGAUGGCACUUGUGUUCCGCUUACUGAUGUCUGCAAUGGACACAAGGAUUGCCCUGAUGGUACAGAUGAGUCAGCUUGUUCAACCGAUCACAAUGUACCCAGCGGCUCGGCAGGUCCCAGCUGCUCCGUCGGCUACUUUCCGUGUGACGACUUUAUGUGCCAUCCACUGGCGAUGCUUUGCGAUAAUAAGAUCGACUGCCGAGAUGGGUUUGACGAAAAAAAUUGCUCUUCCGUCACACGAGUUUAUCAAGUGCUUCAAAUGGGCGUUGACGAGCGAAGUAUCAACGAAACAAGUCUAUUGCUUUAUUGGUGGAUUCCUUUGCCGGAUAAAGUAAAAUUGGAAUUCUUACCCAGCAUUAGCAAGCAGGGAUCCAACAAGUUUGAUAAUAAAACAUGGACAGAGCAUACCGAAUACAGAUUCAUGAAUUUGGAGCCCUUCACCAAGUAUAAUAUGACCGUGUAUGUAAAACUGAAGGACUCAAGUAAUGUAUUCCCACCUGCUAAGUAUUUCAUCGCUAACACCGGCGAAGGUGUACCUAGUGAACCUUGGAAUGUAACGGUGGAGCAGCAAAAUGGCUCUCACACUUUAAUAUCAUGGAAGAAACCAAUUACACCCAAUGGAAUAAUUCAAUAUUACGAAAUCUGCUGGUUCCCACCUGAACCACCAAUCAAAUUGAAGCUCAGCGAUGACAGCACCGCCCAUUUACUUCCCGCCGAUUUUCCACCAGAUCACAAAUAUUCAUUCUACGUGAUCGCACACAACCGAGCGCACGAAAGCAAUCACUCAGAUAUUAAGUCGAUCAUCUUCGAUGGCGAUUCUGAUCUAAAUGCCGUAAUAAACCUCUCCGUAGUCUCGAAGACGACGAAUAGUAUAAGCUUAUCGUGGCAAUACGAGCGAGCCGUUGACGGAUUUACUGUGAAAAUUGAAGCGUUACAUCCCUACCCUCAGCUACCUUCUAGGACUACCACAGCUAAAAAUAUCGUCAUGGAUAAUUUGGCGCCAGGCGUUUACUAUACUUUUAAGGUAAAGGCAUUUAGAAAAUCGUUUCAAGGAAUUCCCAGCAGCAUAGCCGCUCGAACUAGCGGCGACCCAUUGCCGGUAAUUCAUAAAUUAGAAGCUCUGGUAGAUAAAAGUGUCGGAACCUCUGUAAAACUGACCUGGGAAAGACCGAAGGAUAGUCGGAAGGUUGCUUGGGUGUACGGUGUCUACUACGGAUUGAAUGAGGAGGAAACACUACAAAAAUCUCGUUUAAAUACUACCGACACAACAGUAACGGUUACACAUUUGGGGGCUUGUGAGACUUACAUAUUUUCUGUGGGAAUCGUCGGACCAUCUGGAGUAGGAAAUAUAUCGAGUGAUUCUCCCACGGUCAUGACGUCGUUAAAUAAACGAGCCGCCCCCAAGAGACUUACAGUUACUCAACAUCCUUCUGAUCACCUUAAGAUGCAAGUGUCAUGGUCCGCAUCGUGCCCUACGUUCGCAGAACCAGUCGGAUAUAUUAUUACGAUACUAGACAAAUUGACCAACGAAGUUGUAAACCAUAACAAAUUAGAAUCGAAGGACAUCGAGUUAAGUUCAACCUUUAGGGUCACAUACGGCGGAGUUUACGACAUUAAAGUUUCUACGUCUAUAGUAGGCGCGAUUUACACCCAUCCCGUUACUUACUACGCUCCACCCAUACCGCCGCCUCGCGGAUUAAGGGUGUUUUUGGAACGCAACGGCAGUUACAUCUUGAACUGGCAGGAAAGGGAAAUACCGUCCGAAAUCGGCUCGCAUAAAUAUGAGAUAUUCGUGUCGAAAGGGGACAUGUUGAAUACGAGUAGCGCCUCAAAGUUUGUGGUACUGAAGCCGCCUUUCUUAUUCGAAAAUGACGACGCGCCGUCUAUGUACACAUUUGGUGUGCAAAUAGUAUCCGAACGCGGUUACCGAUCUUUGCUAUCCGAGUGGCCCGCCGCGAAUUACGCACAGACGCAGUCAUCUCUCGAGUUGAUUGGUAAAAGUAAUAUGACCGCGAUUUUGGUUCCCGCCUGUAUUUUACUAGUAGCGCUAGGGGGCGCACUUGCCUUUUUAAUUAUUAGAAAUCGCAGAUUGCAAAAUAGUUUCACUCGAUUUGCUAAUUCGCAUUACGAUACCAGAUCGGGAGCAGCUACAUUCGAUGAUAACGGUUUAGAGGAAGAUGAAAGUCCACAAAUUAGGGGAUUUUCGGAUGACGAACCUCUUGUUAUAGCGUAAUUUUAAUUUAUUACAGUAACUAACGGUAAAUGUUACCUGUUUGUUGCGGCGUUAAAAAAAGAUUUUGUAAUUAAAAAUGUCCAGUUUUAAUAUAUUACUACUAUGAGAAGCAGAGUUUCUAAAAUUCCUUGCGUGUAUGCCAAUUUGCUAAUAAAACUAGUCGUAGUUUGUUAUAAUGUUAUCUCGUCUGAGAACUUUGUUUCGAUUUGAUUUAUUUUAUGAUCACUGAUUAUUGUGCACGUGUGAAUUUCUUUGUAUAUACGUUUCAUUUUUUGUUGUAAUUAAUUUAUAGUUCACUAUAUUUUAUUUAGAUUUACGUAGUUAGCAAAAAAUGUGAUGAUUCAGGUAAGAGAUUUGUUUUAAGGACUGCAUUGAGUGAGUAUUACUUCUUGCGGGAACGAAAAUCCCCGAGAUUAGUUUAAGGUUAAUAAAUGAUUAAUCCUAAGAUUAUUUUUAUUAUUGUCAAAGAAUAGUUUUACUUUCGUAUAAUUAUAUAAUGAGUAUU